AUGCCUACAUAUCUACAUAUACAGCGCUUGAGGGAGAGCUCGUUACGAUUCCGAGCGACGACUCCUCAAUCGAGGGCCACGGCGACAUCUCGCAAGGGACGCUCGCCGUUGGUAUCCACGCAUUGCGGGAAAAGGCUCGGCAAGAUCCUCUCCGAUCGGAUCCGGGCCGAGCUGCCGAUGCUCAUCGGAGACAUGGAAGGGAAGAUCAACGACGGUCGUGGCACGUUAGUCCGACUCGGCCCCGAUCGAGACGGCUGGGAUCAACAGCGACUGUUCCUAUUGCAGAUCAGUCCGGCGUUCCAAACGAUCUUCAAGGCCGCGCCCGACGGUGUUGACGGGCACAACUGCUUCGGCGAGUCACACGGCUAA